AUGCGAUCAUGCGUUCGAACUGCGAGCAGCCUUCUGUACGGCUGGCGGACGCCUUCUGCCUCUGCCUCUGUCCGCGGCAAUGGCUUCCCGCUUACCUCACGCCUGCUUGAGCGCCUGCCGCCCCUCAGCAGACGUUAUGCGCAAGCUUUCCGCCCCCAGGGAGAGCUCGAGAAGCGCAUCGCCCAGAUCCCCAUCGACCGGUACCGCAAUUUCUGCAUCGUCGCCCACGUCGACCAUGGCAAGUCGACGCUGUCGGACCGCCUGCUGGAGAUUACGGGCACCAUCCAACCCGGCGGCCAGAAGCAGUUUCUCGACAAGCUCGACGUGGAGAGGGAGCGUGGCAUCACCGUCAAGGCGCAGACAUGCAGUAUGAUAUACACACACGAGGGGGAAGACUAUCUGCUGCAUCUGGUGGACACGCCGGGCCACGUCGACUUCAGGGCCGAGGUGUCGCGGAGUUAUGCCAGUUGUGGAGGAGCGCUGCUGCUGGUGGAUGCCAGCCAGGGCGUGCAGGCGCAGACAGUCGCCAACUUCUACCUCGCCUUCGCCCAGGGCCUCACGCUGGUGCCGGUGCUGAACAAGGUCGACCUCCCUCACGCCGACCCGCCGCGGGUGCUCGAGCAGAUGCGCGACACCUUCGAACUCGAACCGAAAGACGCCGUACAGGUCUCAGCCAAGACUGGCCUGAAUGUGGCAGCCCUCCUUCCUACCGUCGUUGAGAAGAUACCCGCGCCAGUCGGCGACCUGAAGAAGCCUCUCCGCAUGCUCCUCGUCGAUUCGUGGUACGAUGUAUACAAGGGCGUCAUCUUGUUGGUGCGCAUAUUCGAUGGCCAGGUGCGACCUGGAGAUACCAUACGUUCCUUCGCCACCAAGCUCAAGUACAUUGUGGGCGAGGUCGGCAUCAUGUACCCUGACCAGACGCCCCAGACAGUACUCAAGGCCGGUCAGGUGGGCUACAUCUACUUCAACCCCGGUAUGAAGCGCUCGCAAGAGGCCAAGGUCGGCGAUACCUACACCACGAUCGGGUCCGAGAAGCUAGUAGAGCCAUGCCCGGGCUUUGAGGAGCCCAAAAGCAUGGUCUUCGUUUCUGCCUUUCCCACCGACCAGGACAACCACGAACAUCUCGAAGACAGCAUCCAGCAGAUCGUCCUUAACGACCGCAGUGUCACUUUGCAAAAGGAGUCAUCCGAUGCGUUGGGAGCAGGUUGGCGCUUGGGCUUCUUGGGCACACUGCAUUGCUCCGUUUUCGAGGAUCGCUUGCGUCAGGAGCAUGGUGCAAACAUCAUCAUCACACCGCCCUCCGUACCCUUCAAGGUGGUGUGGAAGGACGGCACCGAGUCCAUCAUCACCAAUCCCAACGACUUCCCCGACCAGGACCAAGCACACUUCAGAGUGCAGGAAGUCCAUGAGCCCUACGUGUCUGCCACCAUCACUAUGCCUGACGAAUAUCUUGGUGAGGUCAUUAAGCUGUGCGAGGCCAAUCGUGGUGACCAAAAGGAGCUUACCUUCUUCACUGCUACCCAAGUCAUCUUGAAGUACGACAUCCCCCUGUCGCACCUCGUCGAUGACUUCUUCGGCAAACUCAAGGGCUGCACCAAAGGCUACGCAUCUCUUGACUACGAAGAUGCAGGCUUUCACAAAUCUUCCAUCAUCAAGCUCAACUUACUUGUCAACGGCUCCCCAGUCGACGCCGUGUCGCGUGUCCUGCACACAUCACAGGUCGACAAGGUGGGUCGUACAUGGGUUGAGAAGUUCAAAGAGCACGUCGAGCGACAAAUGUUUGAGGUCAUCAUACAGGCUGCAGCCGGCAGGAGGAUCGUGGCGCGGGCUACCAUUAAGCCGUACCGCAAGGAUGUCCUCGCCAAGCUGCAUGCUAGUGAUCUCAGCAGACGGCGUAAACUGCUCGAGAAGCAGAAGGAGGGUAGGAAGAAGCUGAGGGCUGUAGGCAGCGUUGUUAUUGAGCAGGAAGCGUUCCAGAAGUUCUUAGCCAAAUAG